AGCUUCGCCAAUAAGAAAAUAGGAGCCAAAAGCGCAGGAAAACGAAGGAAAAUUAAAUUUGAUUUUGAAAUUCCCAUUUGCUAGUUGUAAUUUUUUGCUAGAAUUAGAGGAAAAUCCAAUCUAAAUUAAGCAAAAAGUAUUUUUUAUAACAUGUAAAGCAAGGCUAAAGUGCAAAAGUUCACCGAUAUCCGGUAACGUAUCGAUUUGCGGGAGUGAAAAAUUUGAUCGAAAAAAACGACUCCGUCAAGCGCUGUCAGAAUUUCCAGUUGGAUUCGCCGCGAAUGUGCGAAGCUCCUCCGAAUUGACCACCAGAAGGAACCACCAAGGGGUGUUUUUGUUGUUGCCCCUGUCCAUUGGAGGUGCAUAUUGACACAACGUUAAUUCUUGGGAGUUUCCGGAAUCGGCUCUCCUUAGAUAAAGAAACGGUCGGUUUAGUUUUUCCACUAACAGAAAAGUUGCCUCAAACGGUUUAUUUUCACUUAUCGACUUUACGGCGACGUUUGGACUAAAAACAAAAAUGGAAGUUGAUGACGAAUACAUUUACGACGAUCAAAUGAUGGAAGAACUCGGAGUCGUUUCUAUGGAUGAAGAGGAAACGAUAGUUGGACCAGACGAUUUAGUGGAAUAUUCCGCUGGUGAAGAGGAACUUGAGGAAGAAACAGUUUACAUUAAAUCUGAGGAAUCAUUUGAAGAAACAAUUCCAACUAUGAUUACAAGCCCGAACAUAACAGUCAAACGAGUUGUCAAUAACAAACCAAUAGUGACACCUACCAAUUUAACAUCAAAAUUAGCUCCAAGGCCGGCAAACUUCGUUCGAGCCACUAAUGCUGCGGGAAAGAUUGUGUUCAUACAGAAACAGCCAACGACUGCAGCUCCAGUAAAAUUACUAAACAAUGCAAAGUCACCAACUGCUACCACCACUACUUCAUAUCAUUUAGUUAAAGGUGAAGGUGGUGUUGUAAUGCAACCUAAGAUGCAAACUCAAAACAUGAUUCGAAGGGUGGUUCCAGCAACAUCCACCUCGAGUAUGGCAGCGUCGUCUGGUUUGAAUAAACCUAAAACGAUCACAAAACCGCCAACACAUGUUGUGAUUCACACCAAAAUGGGACCAUCUGGGGCAAGUACUACCAAAACAUUGACCGUUGCUGAGGCUCACCAAAUGGGAUUGCUCAACAACAAAGUGAAGCAAGUGGUUCAGAUGGCGAAACCCAAACCUUCCGGAAUCUCAUCUGCAGUCAAAUCUCCAAUCAAAACCAUGCCCGGGGCUGCCACAAGUUCUACUAUUGUACGGUUGAAGCAAUCCCCGGGAGCCCCUUCUGCUGGGCAAGUGCAACGUGUUCAGACAGUUACCAAAUCCGCUGUUCAAAGUCAAAAAGUGGUCCUACCCCAAAGUGCCAUUCAAGCUGGGCAGCAUUCUGGGCAAAUUCAGGCAAUAAACAUACCCGGUAAAGGAAUCCAGUAUGUCCGAUUUCUGAACCAGACUGGAAACCCAACCAAUUCUGAACAGAAAGUAGUCAAAGUUAUUAACAAAGCAGUGAACCCAAAUUCAGGUUCCAAAAUCAUUGUACAAAACAACAAAACCUAUGUGGUGAACAAUGGUAAUGUAACGGCCGUGAGAACCACUUCCGCUCAGUCUGCUAACCAAAAUAGAAUCUUGACGUCCGGAUCGCAAACCGUUGUAAGAAAAGUAUUAUCUGCCAGUAGUAGCCAUGCUGGUAUUGUCCGACGUCCUGCCGAAUCUACGCGAUACAUAGCGGUGGUUCGCAAGGAUGAUGACACAUCAUCCGAAACGGUUACCAAACUAACGGCAUCACAGUUUAGUCAACUGAGUGGAACGCCCGUUUUGUCCGGGGGCGCCAAAACGAAAAUCUUGAUGAUUCCUUCCACUUCCACCGGUGUGUCGAACCAAUCUAAAUCCAUCAUGUGUGGUUCGUCGUCGUCGUUCAACAGCAAUCCCUCGAUAAUUACUGUAAAACGUGAAUCGGUUAGUGGGUCCGAGGACGAGACACGGAAGGGCCCUGCCGUGGGGACAAUCUUUCCCGAUGAGGCUUACAAGAAGCGACCCUGCAACUGUACUAAAUCACAGUGCUUGAAACUGUACUGUGAUUGCUUUGCCAAUGGGGAGUUUUGCUACAACUGCAACUGCCGAGAUUGUUACAAUAAUCUUGAAAACGAGGAAGAACGGCAGAAAGCAAUUCGAGCUACGUUGGAACGGAAUCCCAGUGCGUUCAAGCCGAAAAUAGGUGCCGUCAGUGCCGACGAGGACGCGCUCCGUUUGCAUACCAAGGGUUGUAACUGCAAACGGUCCGGCUGCCUGAAGAACUACUGCGAGUGCUACGAGGCCAAAAUUGCCUGUUCGGCCAACUGCAAGUGCAUAGGUUGUCGCAACACCGAACAAUACGCAAAAGAGUACGAGUACGCAACGUCUCUGGCUGGUGUUGAUAGCGUGGGGGGAGUCGUUGCAGGAGAAGGUAAUUUGGAGCAUCUAUCAGGUGACGACAGCAUGGCAGAAGUUAGUCGAACGGAAACGAGUUUUGGUGGCUCCAGUGGUGACAUCAAACCUGUCGUCAUAGGUGCUGGGUCCGGAGCGUUUGCCGAAACCAAACCGAUGAUAUCGGCGGCAGCAGCAGGAGCGGCAGCGGUUGCAGAUUUGAAACGGCCCAGUCCGGCCGAACCUGAUCUCACACAGCUGCCACCGUCCAAGCAGCCGUACAACUUUAUGACUCCGGACGUAAUUGAAGCGACGGUGCAAUGCAUGAUUGCGCAGGCGGACGAGUGUCAGAAGCGGGGGUGCAACAUCCGAACGGCCGAACGAAUGAUUCUGGAAGAGUUUGGCCGCUGUCUGGUGGAGAUUAUCGAGUUCUCCAGUAAAUCGGACAGUUAAAACCUGCUGGCGUAAAAAUAUUAGGAUAAAUAGUGUACAUAUGGUUUAUAAAACAGAAACAUUGUGGAAUCCUCACUGUACUGAUAUAGGUUUACUUUCAAUAGAAUUAUUAAUUGGCGGUGCCAUUGUUUUUUGGCAGGCGUAAUGUUGUAUAGCCUCGUUGUUAUUAAACAAUAAUAUAAUCCCGAAAGCAUUAUGCAUUAGCAAUAAAUAUUUAAACGGAAGAUUCCUGUUUAUUCAGACGAAAUAUUUAUUUCAUAUUUUACUUUAUUGUUUAUGAUUUUCUUUUCUUAAGACUAGUCGAAAAAGUCGCUUUAAGCAAAGCGCACUGGCUGUAAUGUUUGCUAAUUAUGAUAAACUACCAAAAAUGUGAAAUAGGCAUACUAUAAAAAAAAAUUAAGUACCCGAAGCCGUAAUAAGCUUCUUAAAAUUUAAAAAUGUAUAAAAUAAUGUACAAAAUGGUAAUGCUAUAGCCGCGUUUCAUAGUUUAUCAUUAUUUACUUAGUGUAAAUAAAAAAUGUUUGCAUUGAACUUAUUAUAUAUGAUGAAUUGGACAUGCUAACCUUAUUAAUGUAGAAAGUUAAUAAACGACAGUCAUAACAGUAA